ACGUGCAAAUUGAAACUCUAGUAGGCUAGAAUGUUUGCAUAUUUGGCGUGGCCAAUUGUUCUCAUUGCUGCUUUGAGAAUCCAGAGGUGUGUGCUUUCUCUCAGGAGAGUUUCUGCGCGAUUUUUUUGAGUCAGCCCCUAGAUUUUGUAAGGAGUGAUCAUAAUGGCCCAGAUAGUGACCACCCAGCCUGGCACAACUAUUGUGGUGCAACAAACUCAAGCUGUGAGGGGCUGGAAUUCUGGAUUGUUUUCCUGCUUUGAUGAUAUUGGAGGCUGCCUGUUUGGGUGGUGCUGCCCCUGCUGCUUGUUGUGCAGCCUUUCAACCCGUAUGGGUGAAGGGUUCGCUUAUGGCUGUUGCUGCUACGAGAUUGCUCCGUUCACUCUGAGGGCCAAGCUCAGAGCUGAGCAGCACAUUGAGGGAUCCCUUUGCAACGAUGCAAUCACUAUCUUAUUUUGCGGGGAAUGUACCCUGUGUCAGAUGGAUCGUGAACUCAAAGCCAUCGGCAAAUAGAGAGGAGUGCUUCUGGAGGACAGCGACAGAGAUAUGCGCUUUCAUUUAUAUUGUGAAGCCUUUAUUUAGGCGUUUUCCUCUUCAAUCUAGUUUUUAGAUCUUCUUUCAGUUAGUGCCAAGUGUGUCGUAGUGGAUCAUGACGUGAUUUUGUUUAGGCUUUUUUUAGGUACAAUCAUUUAUUUCUUUUGCUGGUAUUGUUUUUUUUGAUAACGCGCCAAGUGCACGUGCGUGUGGUUUACAGUAGGUUUUUCAGUACCACGCUGGUGCGUGAGAUUAUAUAUUCAGCACGAUUGAAAAAUUGUAACCAGCUAGUACAAAACCGUACUUAAUAAACUGCUUUAAUAUUUU